AUGGCGCAGCUCGCAGGUAGCCGUGCGGUCGCGCCACGCUCCGGCGCCGCCUUGGCCGUCCCGCCGGCGCUCCGCCCGGUCCUCCGCGCCUACGCCCUGGGAUACGCCUCGGCCGUGGCGCCCCGGCUGCUGACCCUGGCUGUCCAGCACAUCCUCAAGCUGCGGCGCAACUCCGAGCAGCUCCUGCCCUCAGAUCCCGAAGACGAGCCCACGUUUCUCGCUGGCGCCCGCUACAUCCUGCGCUCCGGCUUCGACCCGCAGCGUUUUCCAACCUUUUGCGCUGUUCUCGUGGCCGGAACCUCUUUAUUACAUAAACCACUCGACAAAGUCAUUGCCAGUCUGGGCUCCAGUCUGAGCCGGACUUCACGGUUGCGGUUGGCACGUUUCCUGUGUAGCUUCCUCGCAGGCUGGUUCGGCCUGAAGCUCCUCCACACAAAGGGCACCGCGCCGCGCCGACACUCGACGGCCCGACGAACCAAGCGGGAGGAAGAGAUUCGCUGCCGGAAGAUGGCCGGCCGCACCAUGGAUCUCACCCUCUUCGCCGCCACCCGCGCGGCCGACGUCGUUGUCGGCGAGCUGUGGUCGCAGCGCCGGUCCCGCCGCCAGCUUUCCAACAAAUGGACCAAGGCACGCCUCACCAACUUCCCCAAUACUUGUCGUCGCACCGAAUCCUUUAUCCAAUACAUGGCCGACCCGCUCGUCUUUGUCUCGUCCUGCGCCUUCAUCAUGUGGGCGUGGUUCUACCACCCGGACAAGCUACCGCGCGGGUACCAGAAAUGGAUCACGUCGGCCGCGCAGGUCGACACGCGCCUCAUCGAGGCCCUGCGGGGCUUCCACUUUGGCACCUAUAUCUACGGCCGCGAGACGGGCCAGGCCAGGCUCAUCGGCGACAUGUGCGACGAUUACGGCCUGCCGCGCCGCUGGGGCGACCCGGCCGUCCACGUUGCCCUGCCGUGCGAGAUUGUCCACAUGGGCUGCGGCCCCUCGUGCGAGUACCACGCCCUCAGUCGCUUCGCCCGCUCCUGGAAGUGGUCCAUGUACACGUACCUGCCUCUCGCGCUCGCCCUGCAGCUGCGCCGCGGCGUGCCCUCGCAGCGCGGCCUGCUCGGCGCCCUCCGCUCCGCGUCCCGCUCCUCGGCCUUUCUCGCCAUGUAUAUUACCCUCUUCUACUACGGCGUGUGCCUCGCCCGCACCCGCGUCGGGCCACGACUCGUCGGCACCGACACGGAGGCACGCCAACACCUCGAUAGCAGCCUUUGCGUCGGCACUGGCUGCUUCCUCUGCGGGUGGAGCGUCCUGAUUGAGACGGCGAGCCGCCGCAAAGAUAUGGGCUUGUUUGUCGCGCCCCGCGCCCUCAGCACCUUUGUGCCCCGGCAGUACCCCAAGGAGAAGCAGUGGCGUGAGACGUUGGUCUUUGCGGCCAGCACGGCCAUCGUGUUCACGUGCGUGCUGGAGAACCCACGCCGCGUCCGCGGUGUGCUUGGCGGUGUACUCGGCUACGUCCUAAGAGAGUGA